AUGAGGAACGCUUUCCCAGGAUUAAAAUUGCAGUGUGCCAUGCACAAUCAAGUUAUUUCAGGAUCUCCCCGUGACAAAAAUUUUAGAGAUGAUGGAGUCAAACAGUUUAGAAAUGCCCCAACUCAGGCACUUUUAAAUGUUGUGUAUGGAAUUCUGGAUGAAACUGCUGAAACAAUGAACGGCAAAAUACCUCAUCAUGUGGCUUGUCUCUUGAGAAAAGCUGUGCAGGAGAUGGGACGGCGUCUAUCAACACAAGCAGAUCAUCUAAGAACUCAAAACAAUCUGUAUAGAGCUCAUGAGGAGAAGCACCGAUCAAAAAUCAAAGAACUUGAGGCCCUUGUAUCUGUGUCUCGUAAAGAGACUAAGGUGCAUGAACUAAUGAAGCAAAAAACUGCAAACUCGAUAUUGGAAGAACAGGAAGUUGAGAAGCAGGAGCUGAUGAAGUUGGUGAGAGAAAAUGAGAAAAACAUCCUUGAACUUGCGGCAAUGAGACAAGAACUAGAUAUUGUUGGAAUGGUGCACAAGUUUUGCUCCUUGGAAAUGGAAGCAGAGGCAAAGGUUGCUAUAGCAAUACUUCAACUGAAGAUAAAAGAGCUUGAGUGCCUCCUUGCUGAUUCAAAUAAUAAGGUGAAAGAGCUUGAAGCAAGUUUCGAGUCAAAAUGCCAGAGUUGGACCAUGAAGGAGAAAAUCUACCAAAGCUUUAUUGAUUUUCAGUUUGAAGCAAUGCAGAAAUUGAGGUCAAGUUCUGAAGCCAUUAAGCAAGAAGUUUUGGAAACACAGAAGAGAUACUCCUUUGAAUUUAAUCACUUAGAAUCAAAGCUCAAAGCAGCAGAUGCGGCAGGGAACUAUCAUGAAGUUCUUAAAGAAAAUCAUAAGCUUUUUAGUGAGCUACAGGAUCUGAAAGGGAACAUUAGAAUUUAUUGUCAAAUAAGGCUUUUUCUGCCUGGACAAACCGUAAAACUGUCGACUAUAGAAAAUAUCAGUGAAAAUGGACAGUUGGUUAUUGCAAAUCCCUCCAAGCCAGGAAAAGAUGGCCAACGGUCGUUUAAGUUUAAUAAGGUCUUUGGCCCAGAUGCUACUCAAGGGGAGGUGUUUGCAGAUAUCCAACCCUUUGUUAAAUCAGUAGUUAAUGGAUAUAAUGUCUGUAUAUUUGCUUAUGGUCAAACUGGUUCUGGGAAAACCUAUACAAUGACUGGUCCAACUGGGGCAACUGAAGAGGAAUGGGGUGUUAAUUAUCUAGUUUUGAACCAUCUCUUCAAAGUCUCUCAAGAUAGAAAAAGCAACACGGUCUAUGAAGUAGCGGUUCAAAUGGUUGAAAUAUACAACGAACAAGUGCGCGAUUUAUUAUCCAGUGAUGGUUCUCCGAAGAGGGUUGGGAUUACAACUAUCACUCAACUUAAUGGGUUAGCUGUACCUGAGGCUUGCAUGCACCCUGUUAUAUCGACCUCCGAUGUUUUAGAUUUAAUGGAUAUCGGAUUCAAGAAUCGAGCUGUUAGUGCUACUGCUCUUAAUGCAAGAAGCAGUCGCUCUCACAGCAUUGUCACUGUUCAUGUUCGUGGGAGGAAUGUAAAGACUGGAACUGUAUUGUAUGGUAAUCUUCAUUUGAUAGACCUAGCAGGCAGUGAAAGAGUAGAUAGAUCUGAGGUAACUGGUCAUAGGCUUAGGGAAGCACAACACAUAAACAAAUCAUUAUCUUCCCUAGGAGAUGUAAUUUUCGCUCUUGCAAAAAAGAGUCCUCAUGUGCCCUACAGAAAUAGCAAGCUUACUCAAGUACUUCAAAGCUCUCUUGGAGGCCAGGCAAAGACCAUCAUGCUUGUGCAGCUCAAUCCUGAUGCCACUUCCUUUUCUGAAAGUAUGAGUACUUUGAAGUUCGCCGAAUGAGUUUCUGGAGUUGAGCUAGGUGUUGCGCAAAGUAGCAAAGAGGAGAAGGAUGUUAGGGAGCUACUGGAGCAGAUGGCAUCUCUUAAGGACAAAAUAGCUGAAAAGGAUGAGGAGAUCAGGCGGUUGAAAUCACUAAGAGAUCUAAAACCACGGAUACCGAGCAGCAGCAACUGUGAGCAGCAAGGAACAGGCUCAUUGAGAUAACAUAAAUUUGAUAUGGGGAAACUUUGUUCCAGUGCUUUUCUUCAUUUUAGGCUGCAAACAGAUCAUCAAAGACUUGACUUACAAAAACCAACACAAGGGUUAAAGGCAUUAAGAACAGACUCUACACAGCCUUCAACAAGCGUUAGGAAGAGUCUAAGCUCCACUUCAAUCAGCCCUUUUCCCAGAAGAUGAUGAUAAUGAUGAUUUUAUGUAUGUUGAAGUCUCAUUUUCAGUAUAGAUAAUGAUGUUGAUGAUGCAUGCCUGCCUAAGAAAUGAAAUACAUCUAAUUUCCUGACUGGUUUCUUUUUAAGGUAA